AUGACAAGCUCAUCUAACCAGAAGGGCUUCGCCCAAAACAGUCACCGCAACAGGUCUCUGUCGAACUCAGGCCAUAUCUUGACCGAUGCUCGAAAUGCCUGCAUUGACUCAAUCAUCAAUGCUCCAACCCAGCCGCCACCGUCAAACUCGUCUGCUUUCGAUCCUUCAUCCCCCGCAUCUAUCGAUUUCAACUUCCCCUUCGUUGGAAGCCCAAAUGGCAGCAGCAACAGCGGCAUCGACGUCCCCCCCGAUCUCCGGCUGAGCCAUGGUCAGGGUCUUCCCAAUCGAGGUUAUCCCUCAGGCAGAGUUCCCAGUCCACAGCACCGUGCCAGUCUCGUCAGCAUCGAUUCGGCAUUUAACCAUGAUCUAUUUGGUGCGGCAGCCUUGAACCAAUGGACUUCAACCAGUUCCGCCAAUCGAGCAGUAAGUAACGCGGAUUCCUCGCCAACAAAGCCAGCCGAGCAGGAUACCGGUAAGAAAUCUUCCGAGGAAGAGAAGCCGCCGCCGGCAUGGAGCGAGUUGAAGACCAAGGCUGGCAAGGAGAGGAAAAGGUUGCCCUUGGCGUGUAUUGCUUGCCGGCGCAAAAAGAUCAGAUGUUCGGGCGAAAAACCCGCCUGCAAGCACUGUCUCCGCGCCAGGAUCCCAUGUGUCUAUAAAGCCACUACCCGAAAAGCUGCGCCUCGCACAGAUUACAUGGCCAUGUUGGACAAAAGGCUGAAACGGAUGGAAGACCGAGUCAUCCGUGUCAUUCCAAAGGAAGAACUCCCCGACUUGUCCGCCACCGGGCGAGCGUCGGUGCGGCCGCCUCUACCAGGCCAACCACCCAAGAAGGAUAAAGAGCAGCCGAAGAAGCGGUCGGCCGAUGAAGCGUUUGCGCAAGAACUCAGCGACUGGAGAAAUUCCCGGGACAAACCGUCUCUCCUUGAUCCGGCCGCCGGUCUAAAAAAGCAACGUGAGGGCGAGAACAAGCUCUUCAUCGAAGGCUCGGAAUCCCUCCCGCCACCGCAUAUCCAGGAGCACCUCGCCGAGGUUUUCUUUGAUUGUGUCUACGGCCAGUCCUAUCUCCUGCUCCACAAACCCAGCUUCAUGCGUAAAUUGAAGGCAGGCACGAUUCCCCCAGUUCUGAUUCUGGCGGUCUGUGCCGUCUCAGCUCGGUUCUCGACCCAUCCCCAAGUUAGCACCGAGCCGGCCUUUCUCCGUGGGGAACAAUGGGCUACGCCUGCCCGGCACAUUGUCGAGAAACGCCACUAUGAGCCAAACAUCACCAUCCUCACAGCCAUGCUGAUGCUGGGGUUGCACUAUUUCGGCACCUGUGAGGGUGGCUUGUCCUGGUCAUUUGGAGGUCAAGCAAUGCGAAUGGGCUACGCUCUGCAACUGCAUCGGGAGCUUGAGCAUGAUCCUUUGGGUCGAAACCAGAUGGCCAAUUCUAGUGAUGCAAACAAGAAGAGUCUGAAACCCCCUGAGUUGUCCUUUACCGACCGGGAAAUUCGCCGACGGACAAUGUGGGCUUGUUAUCUGAUGGACACCUUCAACUCCUCGGGGUCAGAGCGGCCUUCCUUUCUCAACGAAGACUACUUCCAGAUCCAAUUGCCGAUCAAAGAAUCCCAUUUUCAAAUGGAGGUUCCCGGUACCACCGAAGAUCUCUACGGCAAUGUGCUAACAUCGAAGAAAAGCUCGCUCGAGACCACGGGCGACGAGGCCGCCGCAGCAAAGGCAAACAUGGGGGUUUCUGCAUAUAUCGUCCGUGGAGUAGUGCUCUGGAAGCGCAUCGUCAAGUACCUCAACCUGGGCGGCAAGGAGAAAGAUUCUCAUCCCAUCUGGGACCCGCUGUCACAAUUCGCCACCCUUCAGCGUCAGAUACAACAGCUCAAAUCGUCUCUGCCAGAGGACAUCAUCUACACGCCGGAGAACCUUGCGGCACACGGCUCGGAGCGUCUCGCGAACCAGUUCCUCUUCUUACACAUCGUGCUGGCUCAGAUCUCGCUCUUCCUACAUCGAUUCGCCAUCCCCACGGUGCCCUCCCAUCGCCCGCACCAUCAGCACCUGACCGCGGCAGGCAUGCCAAAGCCCUUUCUUACCAGCUCCGCCACCACGGUCAUCGAGUCUGCGAACCUGAUCUCCAGCCUGAUCGACGAAUCGACAGGGCAUACCCUGACGGUCCCGUUUGCCGGGUACUGCGCGUAUGCGGCCGCCACGGUGCAGGUCUGGGGCAUUUUCAGCAAGAACGCCGGGCUUGAGGCCUCGUCCAAGGAGAACCUGCGACACAACUACAAGUAUCUCACCCGCAUGAAAAGGUACUGGGGCAUGUUCCACUACAUGGCCGAGUCCAUCAAGGACAACUACCGUGCCUUUGCCGACGCCGCCCGCCGCCAAUCCCAAUCCCACUCGCAGUCUCUGGGCAGACCUGCCGCUGGCCUCGGCGGCCCGGCAAACGGCCUGAUGCCGCCUUCAUCGCACUCCCGGCCAUCCGCCGUGGGCGAUGGCUCCGGCACCCAGACGCCCAUGAUGGAUCUCGACGCGAGCUCCAGCCGGCCCGGCACACCUGGCGCCGACAAUAAGGGUACCGGUACCCACACCGCCACAUCCUCCGCCGGGUCCGGAAAGGCCAUGUUCCAGUACGGCGACUGGUUCGACAAGUACCCGCACGGCGUGAGUGAGAGCGAGUGGGAGCGAUCGCAUCUGGAGUAUCGCCGGGAAGCGGGCGGCGCCGCCGAGGCUGUCAUGUCCCAGCGCAGCGAUCUGCAGUCGGUCGAGGAGUUCUUUGCCAGUUUGAGUCCUCCGAGCAAAGCGGACGAUGCCAACGGAGGGCCACGCGGCAAGAAAAUCGCCAGGCGGCGCGGCAAGAGCGUGGCGGAGAACAAAAAAGCCGGGACAACGGAGGGCAAGACGACUGCUUUGUCUACUUUGGGCGCGGCGGCUGGCACUGGCCCGCUUACGACUACUACGGCUGGAGCACCCAAUUCUCAACGCCGACAAUCGCAAUCUCGACACCCACAACCGCAACCCUCACAGCAGCUGCCCGAGCAGCAGUUGCCAGUUCCCACACCCGAUCUCAACCUGACGCAGCCAUUCAACCCAUCCAAUUUUGACAUUACUUCCCCGUCACUGUACCAGGCCCCUCAGUUUCCCGGGGCGCAAUCUCAACCGAGCGACCAGUACAAUUAUGGCGCGCCAACCUCGCCGCACCUCAAUCUUCACUUUGUUUCCACCCUCCCAGCCAUUGACAGACAGAUGGUGUUCGGGGCAUAUGCCAAUGUCGAUCCCCCAAGCAACAACAACCUUGGAGCUUCGGCCAUGGGCAAUCUCGACACAUCACAUCUUUCUCCUUCCCUGGGGAACUUCGGUGCCGCCAACCCUUGGGACCAAUUAGAUGUCGCCGGGUUUGGCUUCAGCGAACCGCUCGCCGGGGGUGCCGGGGGAAUGAUGGACACCAGUUCCUCCGCCUGGCUAUUGCCAUUCAACAUCGAACCGCCCGACUACGGCGGCAUGGACGAUUUUGGGAAUACUGCGCUGGAUGGAAUGGACUUUGGCGACCUGGGCGCUACCGGUGGCGGGGACAUUAGAGGACAAUUUGCAAACCAGAAUCCCAGCACAGAAUAA